AUGAACACAGCAACUGCUUCCGCUGGUACUACUCAAGGCCCUCCUGGUGGGGGCUCCACACCUGCCAAGUCCUUGAAGGCAUUCGGUGAAGCCAUCUGGAAAACCAAGACAGCAAAGAUCAAUGCAGAGCUGUUCACGCUCACAUAUGGAUCUGUGGUGUCACAACUAUGCAGCGAUUACGGGCGCGACUUUACCAAAGUUAACGAUCAACUAUAUUCAAUGGGUAGGUCGAUUGGCGUACGGUUGAUUGAGGACUUCGUGGCACGCGCAGCCUUGCCUCGGUGCGAAAACAUGGUCCACACGAGCGAGGUCAUCAGUAAGGUUGCGUUCAAGGUGUUCCUAAACAUCACGCCGCAGGUCGCCAACUGGAAUGCCGCGCGGGACACCUUUUCAUUGCUUAUAGACGAGAACCCGCUGUCGGACUUCGUAGAGCUGCCGAUGGACGCUAUGAAGGAAUUGUGGUAUUCUAACAUCCUCUGUGGUGUCCUAAAGGGAGCGCUAGAGAUGGUGCAGCUAGACUGCCAAGUUUGGUUUGUAAGCGAUGUUCUGAGAGGCGACCCACAUACCGAGAUGAAGAUCAAGUUAAACAGGAUUCUAAAGGAAGAGAUUCCUGCGGGCGAAGACUGA